UGUAUGACAGAGAGAAGACACAGCAGAGACGGAGAAGAGUUUUUUUCCUAAGCAGCUUCUGGUUUUGUGAAGUAGCUGGAGGACUGUGCUGCUGUAAAAACGGACACAACGGGACCAACCGAGCUCACCUACAGUGCCUGCAGCUGAAAACCAGCUACCAUGACUGACGCAGACAAGUUCCUCUAUGGGGACCGCAGCGGGACGAGCAACAUCCUGGUGCAAGCCGACUGGGCCACCAAGAAGCUGGUGUGGGUCCCCUCUGAGAAGAUGGGCUUUGAGGCCGGCUCCAUCAAGGAGGAGCAAGGAGACGAGUGUGUGGUGGAGCUGACUGACUCGGGCAAGAAGGUGAAGGUAAACAAGGAUGACAUUCAGAAGAUGAAUCCACCUAAGUUCAAUAAGGUGGAGGACAUGGCGGAGCUCACCUGCCUGAAUGAGGCCUCUGUGCUGCACAACCUCAAGGAGAGAUACUACUCUGGACUCAUCUAUACGUACUCAGGUCUCUUCUGCGUGGUGGUCAACCCGUACAAGUACUUGCCCAUCUACACUGAGGACAUAGUGAACAUGUACAAGGGCAAGAAGAGGCACGAGAUGCCCCCUCACAUCUACGCCAUCACAGACACGGCGUACAGGAGCAUGAUGCAGGAUCGUGAGGACCAGUCAAUCCUUUGCACUGGGGAGUCAGGAGCAGGGAAAACAGAAAAUACAAAGAAAGUCAUUCAGUAUCUUGCUCAUGUUGCUUCAUCCUUCAAGUCCAAGAAAGAUCAGGGCAGUGCGGUUUUGUCACAUGGGGAACUGGAGAAACAGCUUCUGCAAGCAAACCCCAUCCUAGAGGCCUUUGGCAACGCUAAGACCGUCAAGAACGACAACUCCUCACGAUUUGGAAAAUUUAUCCGGAUCAACUUUGACGUCAAUGGAUACAUCGUUGGAGCUAACAUUGAAACUUAUCUGCUGGAGAAGUCUCGGGCCAUCAGACAAGCUAAAGAGGAGAGGAGCUUCCAUGUCUUCUACUACAUGCUCUCAGGAGCAGGGGACAAGUUGCGUUCUGAGUUGUGUCUGGAGGAUUACAGCAAGUACCGCUUCCUGUCCAACGGAAACGUGACGAUUCCUGGCCAGCAGGACAAGGACUUGUUCACUGAGACUAUGGACGCCUUUCAGAUCAUGAGCAUCCCGGAAGAGGAGAGAAUAGGUCUUUUGAAGGUGGUGUCGGCCGUGCUGCAGUUGGGAAACAUGUCCUUCAAGAAGGAGCGUCACUCUGACCAGGCCUCCAUGCCUGAUGACACUGCUGCCCAGAAAGUGUGUCAUCUGCUGGGCGUCAAUGUCACCGACUUCACACGAGCCAUCCUGUCUCCCAGAAUUAAGGUUGGCAGGGACUAUGUUCAGAAAGCCCAGACCCAGGAGCAGGCUGAGUUUGCUGUCGAGGCUCUGGCUAAAGCUUCUUACGAGAGGAUGUUCCGCUGGCUGGUCAUGAGAAUCAAUAAAGCCCUGGACAAGACCAAGAGACAAGGAGCCUCCUUCAUCGGUAUCCUAGACAUUGCUGGAUUUGAGAUCUUUGAGCUGAACUCGUUUGAGCAGUUGUGUAUCAACUACACCAACGAGAAGCUGCAGCAGCUCUUCAACCACACCAUGUUCAUCCUGGAGCAGGAGGAGUACCAGCGUGAGGGCAUCGAGUGGAGCUUCAUUGACUUCGGCCUCGACCUGCAGCCCUGCAUCGAGCUCAUUGAAAAACAUGCUGGUCCUCCAGGCAUCCUCUCACUGCUGGAUGAAGAGUGCUGGUUCCCCAAAGCCACAGACAAGAGCUUUGUGGAGAAGGUGUGCCAGGAGCAGGGCACAAACUCCAAGUUCCAGAAACCCAAGAAACUGAAGGACGAUGUUGACUUCUGCAUCAUACAUUAUGCUGGAAAGGUGGACUACAAAGCAGAUGACUGGCUGUUGAAAAACAUGGAUCCUCUGAAUGAGUGUGUGGCCACUUUGCUCAACCAGUCCACAGAUAAAUGUACUGCCGACCUGUGGAGGGACAUGGACCGUAUUGUCGGCCUGGACAAGGUGGCAGGAAUGGCGGACUCCAUGCAUGGUGCAUUCAAAACCCGCAAAGGCAUGUUCCGCACUGUGGGCCAACUGUACAAGGAGCAACUGGGUAACCUCAUGGCCACCCUCAGAAACACCAACCCUAACUUUGUCCGCUGUAUCAUCCCCAACCACGAGAAGAAGGCGGGUAAAUUGGAGUCUCACCUGGUUCUAGACCAGCUAAGGUGUAACGGAGUCCUUGAGGGGAUUCGUAUCUGCAGACAGGGCUUCCCCAACCGCAUUGUGUUCCAGGAGUUCAGACAGAGGUAUGAAAUCCUCACUCCAAAUUCAAUUCCAAAGGGCUUCAUGGAUGGAAAGCAAGCCUGCGUGCUCAUGAUCAAAGCCCUGGAGUUAGACUCGAACCUGUACCGCAUUGGUCAAAGUAAAGUGUUCUUCAGAGCUGGAGUCCUGGCCCACCUGGAGGAGGAGAGAGACAUGAAGAUCACUGAUGUGAUCAUCAGCUUCCAGGCCUGGUGCAGAGGAUAUGUGUCUCGCAAAGCCUUUGCCAAGAGACAACAGCAGCUGACAGCCAUGAAAGUGAUCCAGAGGAACUGUGCAGCUUACCUCAAACUCAGGAACUGGCAGUGGUGGAGGCUUUUCACCAAGGUGAAGCCUCUGCUGCAGGUGACCCGGCAGGAGGAGGAGAUGGUGGCUAAAGAAGAGGAGCUGAUCAAGGUUAAGGAAAGACAGCUGCAGACUGAGGUACAGCUCAAAGAAUUUGAGACCAAGCAGCAACAGCUGAAUGCGGAGAAGCUGGCUCUUCAAGAGCAGCUCCAGGCAGAGACUGAAUUGUGUGCUGAGGCUGAGGAGAUGAGAUCCCGUCUGGCCACCAGGAAGCAGGAGCUGGAGGAGAUCCUCCACGACCUGGAGUCUCGCCUAGAGGAGGAGGAAGAGCAUGUCACCCAGAUGCAUACAGAGAGAAAAAAGAUGCAGCAGAACAUCACGGAUCUGGAGCAGCAGCUGGAUGAGGAAGAAGCUGCCAGACAGAAGCUUCAGAUGGAGAAGGUCACCACGGACGCAAAGCUGAAGAAGAUUGAGGAGGACGUCAUGGUUCUGGAUGACCAGAACAACAAGCUCACCAAGGAGAAGAAACAGCUGGAAGAGAGGAUCUCAGAGUUCACUACCAACUUGGCUGAAGAGGAGGAGAAGUCCAAAAGCUUGCAGAAACUCAAGAACAAACAUGAAGCCAUGAUCACAGAUUUGGAGGAUCGUCUAAGAAAGGAGGAGAAACAGCGCCAGGAGUUGGACAAGAACCGUCGUAAACUUGAAGGAGACUCAACUGAGCUCAAUGACCAGAUUGGAGACCUGCAGGCCCAGAUAGCUGAACUUCGAGCUCAGCUGGCCAAGAAGGAGGAGGAACUCCUUGCUGCACUGGCCAGGAUAGAGGAGGAGGCUGCAGCCAAGAACUUGGCUCAGAAGAAGAUCAGGGAGCUUGAGGCCCAGAUCUCCGAACUGCAGGAAGAUCUGGAGCUGGAGAAGCAAGCUCGCACCAAGGCUGAGAAAAACCGCAGGGACCUGGGAGAGGAGCUCGAGGCCCUCAAGACUGAGCUGGAGGACACUUUGGACUCUACUGCAGCACAGCAAGAGCUGAGGUCCAAACGUGAGACGGAGGUCACCCAGCUUAAGAAGACACUGGAGGAUGAGGCCAAGGUCCACGAGCAGCAGAUGGCCGACAUGAGACAAAAACACAAUCAGGCAUUUGAAGAGCUCAAUGAACAGCUGGAGCAGGCCAAAAGGAACAAAGUGUCAGUGGAGAAAGCCAAGCAGGCACUAGACAGCGAGUGGAACGAGCUGCAGAUCGAGAUGAAGACUCUGACACAAGGCAAGACGGAGUCCGAGCACCGCCGGAAGAAGGCCGAAGCCCAAGUCCAAGAGCUACAGGUCAAACAUGCAGAAAGUGACAGACAGAGGCAGGAGCUGGCCGACAAGAUGACCAAGAUGCAGUCGGAACUCGAGAAUGUAAACAGCCUCCUGAGUGAAGCAGAGGGCAAGAACAUCAAAUCCAGCAAGGACCUUUCUUCAACUGAGUCUCAGCUGCAGGAUGCACAGGAGUUGCUCGAAGAAGAAACUCGUCAGAAGCUUUCGCUCUCCUCUCGCUUGAGGCAGCUGGAGGACGAGCAGAACAGCCUGCGGGAGAUGCUGGAGGAAGAGGAGGAGAGCAAGAAGAAUGUGGAGAAGCAGGUCACGACUCUGCAGGCUCAGAUGGCAGAGAUGAAGAAGAAGCUGGAACAGGAGGCCUCAACCCUGGAGGGGACGGAGGAAGGCCGCAAACGAAUCCAGCGGGACUUAGAUGGUGUGCAGCAGCAGCUGGAGGAAAAGUGCUCUGCUUACGACAAACUGGACAAGACCAAAAGGCGUUUACAGCAGGAGCUGGAUGACCUCUUGGUGGACCAAGACCACCUGAGGCAGAUCGUCUCCAACCUGGAGAAGAAGCAGAAGAAGUUUGACCAGAUGCUGGCUGAGGAGAAAACUAUUUCCACUCAGUUUGCUGAGGAGCGUGACAAGGCCGAGGCUGAAGCCAGGGAGAAGGAAACACGAGCAUUGACACUGGCCCGCGAGUUGGAGACCAUGACAGACGUGAAAGAUGAGUUGGAUCGGGCCAAUAAGCUGCUCAAAGCCGAGAUGGAAGACUUGGUCUCCUCAAAGGAUGAUGUCGGCAAGAGUGUUCAUGAGUUGGAGAGAUCAAAGCGUGCCAUGGAGCAGCAGCUGGAGGAGAUGAAAACUCAGCUGGAGGAGCUGGAGGAUGAGCUGCAGGCCACCGAGGAUGCCAAACUGCGUCUGGAAGUCAACAUGCAGGCCAUGAAGGCCCAGUUUGAUCGAGACCUGCAGGCCAGAGAUGAGCAGGGAGAGGAGAGGAGGAAACAGCUGGUCAAACAGGUGCGUGAGAUGGAGGUUGAGCUGGAAGAUGAGCGCAGGCAGCGCAGUCAGGCCCUCUCAUCCAAGAAGAAACUGGAGCUGGACUUGGUAGAACUUGAACUCCAGAUUGAUGCUGCCAACAAGGGCCGUGAUGAGGCCCUCAAACAGCUGAAAAAACUGCAGGCCCUUAUGAAAGAGCAAAUGAGGGAGAUGGAUGAUCUGCGUCUGUCCAGAGACGAAGCUGUCAACGGAGCUAAGGAGACUGAGAAGAAGCUCAAGACCAUGGAGGCAGAUGUCUUGCACUUCCAGGAGGAUCUGGCCACCGCAGAGAGAUUCAAGAGGCAGGCCCAGACCGAGAGAGAUGAGCUCCAGGACGAGAUUAACAACAGCAACUCUAAGAAUUCUCUGCUGGCAGAUGAGAAGAGGAGGCUGGAGGCCCGUAUCACCCAGCUGGAGGAGGAGCUGGAGGAAGAGCAGCUCAAUACGGAGAUGGUCAACGACCGCCUGAAGCGAUCCACACUGCAGACAGAGCAGUUGACCACAGAGCUGGCUGCAGAGCGCAGCAACUCCCAGCGACUGGAGGGGAGUCGUUCCCAGCUGGAUCGCCAGAACAAGGAGCUGAAGCUGAAGCUGCAGGAGCUUGAGGGAACCAUCAAGUCCAAGUAUAAAUCCUCCAUCACCACACUGGAGGCCAAGAUGUUUCAGCUGGAAGAGCAGCUCGAUAUAGAGUCAAAGGAGCGUCAGCAGGCCUCCAGGCUUGCCAGGCGGACGGAGAAGAAGCUGAAAGAGGUGCUGCUGCAGGUUGAUGAUGAGAGACGUAACACAGACCAAUAUAAAGACCAAGCAGACAAAUUGAACAGCCGUAUGCGUCAGCUGAAGCGUCAGCUAGAAGAAUCCGAGGAGGAGCUUACAAGAGCCAACGCCUACCGCAGGAAGCUGCAGAGGGAACUGGAUGAUGCCACUGAGUCAGCAGACGCUAUGAACCGUGAAGUCAGCACUCUGAAGAGCAAGAUCAGACGUGGAGACUUGCCUUUCAGUAGGCAACGUUUGACAAAUCGUUCCACCCCGGACAGCGAUGAAGAUGUGGACGUGCAGACUGAGGGGUCUGAGCCUGCAGCUGAGUGAAUGGACGACCACCAAGAGAGAAAUAUCAUAUUGACCACAGUCAACAUGCAGAUAUAGUAAAAUGUUAGCCAUGCAAGCUAUUGAGUAAGACCUUUUCUGAAAGAAUUUAGCCUUGUACUCCCCUUGACAAUAAUCUUAUAGCCUUAUUGUUACUUUCCAUGUAAUGCGUUUGUAUUUGGCCAAAUUGUAUUCAUCUCAGUGAAUGAAUUAUAUUUUUCUACAAAGGCUUUACAAUUACUUUUCCUGGUCUAUUUUUCUACUUAAUUGGUAUAUUAUAUUAUGAAACAUCGCUCCAGUUCCAAGCCAGUACAAUUUAAUAUGUGCUUGAGGUCUAUGUGCUGUACUUCACCAUUUUAGGGAAAAACACUGGUAAUUUUAUGCUUGUUUUGCACAUUCACUUUUUUUCUGGGAGUUUUGAUGCAGUUAUAUUUUCUAGUAUUAGUAAAAAUCGGUGUCUGUACUGUAUGUGUUUCCUUUCACUGUGAUUAUCCCCUCAUGUUAUUACCUCAACCAAAAUUUGCACGAUGCCAACACAAACAAAAACGCAAGACACAAGUUUGGAAAAUGCUUAUUGUUCUGAAUGUUAAGAGUUGUUGGUGAAAAAUUUGAUUCGACUUUUGUACCAUCAUGAAUGACACAGUGCUUGGUUGAUGUAUCGUUUUACACUUUAUUGAUUAUUGGUGGUGGGUUUCAUUUCUCACUGUUCUAUUUGUGCUUCGCUUUGCACAGCAGAAGGGGUUCCUAUCAGCACAGCCUCUGAAUCUUUACUGUUUGCAUAUUUUAGGUAACAUUUGAUAUCAUGUACCAUUUAUUAUCAAACGAAUUACAUGUCAUAUUGAUGCCAAUAUUUUAAGGCUAUUCUAUAUUUUAUAAUUUGCCUUAAUGCAAUAAA